CUCGAGAUCGCUUCGACUCGCGAACUCGGCCGCUAGCGAAACGCGCGCGUUUUCUUAGCGUUUUCUUAAACCGCCUUCAACGCGGCGAUUUUGUGUGCUUUACAAGUGCUGACGCAAGUGGUGCUGUGUGCUGUUGAUCUGAUCCAUUUUGCUGUUCAAUUUGAAAACGCGUUGUUGCAUCACGGCUCGAGAAUGAAGAUGCAGCUUCGUGUGUUUAGUCUGGCUUUGAUCGCCCUAAGCCAGAGCUACCUCACUGAGGCCCAGGGCUAUGACUAUCCCCAGCCGAAAGUGCCCUUCACCGAUGGCUAUUCGUACCCCCAGCCAGCCAUUCCCUUCCCACCACCAGCUCCGAAAGUGGUGGUGAGCAGCGGCUACUCCUACCCACAGCCAUCGAUUCCGUUCCCGCCGCCACUGCCCAAGUACACUCCGCCAGUGCAGCAGAUCAUUCCACAGGAACCUAAAGUGGUCAGUGGAUACUCCUAUCCCAAGCCAGCUGUUCCGUUCCCACCGGCCACUCAGCCACCUCAAAUCAGGGUGACAUCACCACCGGCCACCGAAGGAUACGCUUAUCCCACGCCAUCCAUUCCCUUCCCACCACCGCCACAGCCGAAACUUGGCUAUGACUAUCCCAAGCCAGCCAUCCCGUUCCCACCACCCACUGCUCCACCACAGAAGUACCUUCCUCCCGUGACCACAACUCCUGCUCCACCACCACCACCGCCACCGACGAAAAAGUACCUGCCGCCUCCACAAGUUAAACAGGGCUACGAUUAUCCCAAGCCAGCCGUUCCCUUCCCACCACCUACGAAUCCGCCACAGAAGUACCUCCCUCCCGUUGUGCCCACCAGUCCACCUGUACCCAAAUACAUUCCCCCACCUACUCCCGCAUACAUUCCUCCUCCACCAAAGAAGCAGGGAUACGAUUAUCCUAAGCCCGCCAUUCCAUUCCCACCACCCACUGCACCACCACAGAAGUACUUGCCUCCCGUCACCACUACUCAAGCGCCACCACCACCACCACCACCCAAGUAUCUGCCACCUCCUCAGGUGAAACAGGGCUACGACUAUCCCAAGCCAGCCAUUCCAUUCCCACCACCAACUGCUCCACCACAGAAAUAUUUGCCACCUGUGACCACCACUGCAGCACCUCCACCACCACCACCACCACCAACCAAGAAGUACCUACCUCCACCACAAGUGAAGUCUGGAUACGACUAUCCCAAGCCCGCUAUUCCAUUCCCACCACCAACUAACCCACCACAGAAAUAUCUGCCACCUGUUGUGCCAACAACUCCCCCACAGCCCAAGUACUUGCCACCUGUGAAACCAACAAACCCACCGCAGCCCAAGUAUCUGCCACCCCCACAACCGAAGUCGGGUUAUGAAUAUCCCAAGCCAGCAAUUCCAUUCCCGCCACCCACUAACCCACCACAGAAAUACCUGCCACCAGUGAUCCCCACUUCACCACCAGUGCCAAAAUAUCUGCCUCCUACAAACCCGCCAACGCCCAAGUACUUGCCACCUGUGCAGGUGAAGCAGGGUUACGACUAUCCCAAGCCAGCCAUUCCAUUCCCACCACCCACUGCACCACCACAGAAGUAUUUGCCUCCUGUGACCACCACACAAGCACCACCACCACCACCUCCUACAUCCAAAUACCUGCCUCCUCCACAAGUAAAGCAGGGCUACGACUAUCCCAAACCCGCCAUUCCUUUCCCACCACCCACGAAUCCGCCGCAGAAGUACCUGCCACCUGUUGUACCCACCACUCCACCCACCCCGAAGUACCUGCCACCUCCUCAGGUGAAACAGGGCUAUGACUAUCCCAAGCCAGUCAUUCCAUUCCCACCACCCGCACCCAAAUCCGAUGGCUACUCCUAUCCGAAGCCGGCGAUCGCCUUCGACUUUUAAAGAAUCAUCCAUCGAUCGGCCACUCAUCACUGGUUAAAUGACACAAUUGCCUCUGUGUGCGCAUAGUGAUCCUUAGGAACGUACGAAAUUGAAUAAUUGUAAUUAACUGUAAUAUUUAAUUUAAUACUUAUCUUUAAUGAUGUACCGGGGAUCUUGCCUGCGGACUCUCCAAUCGAACUUAGUCAUUAAAAUAUGUUUAUUAAAUUUAUGUUUUAACGAUUACGCAAUGCUGCCGAAUUAAAAACGACAAUGUGAAUGUUUAAA